UCUUGGCUUUUGUCGUCAGCGCGACUUGUCGCAAAUAAUGGCAAUUCAUCACCAGCUUCGAAGAGGACAAAGCCUUUAGGAUAUGAUAGAAUCCCGUCUUUUGACCUUCCUUCUUGGCAUCUUUGGAGUCGUUGCAGUGUAAUCUUGGCAAGUCCUACGCGUCGCAAGCAUAACCGACUCAAAUGAAGGGGGUAUAAAGGCUUAGCCCCGCGCUUGGGCGAUCUUCUUGAGCACAAUAUCUUCCUUUCUCCUGUGCUUCCCGGUCGGCCUUUUAGAGCGCAGUGCGUCUCAUCAUUUCUUCUUCGCGUCCCUCACUCGCCUUACAUUCCUUUCACCCUUUCCUGUCAUUCCUCUCCACAGAAGCUGGCUUUCGUCGCUCUCUUUUGAAUUGUCACUCUUUAGCUCGAUAUGUCUCAAUCGUCUGUCUUCGAGCAAGAUAGAGAAAAGCCCCGGGUUGGGUCACUCGCGCGUCGGAUUCACGGAUGGUCCUGGCAAGCAUUCCCUAUUGGGAUGGGUACAGGAGCCGUGUACGUUACUUUGUCAGGUUUGAAGAGUCGCUCGCCUACGUUGAUCACGGUCGAGACCAUCUUCUACUUCAUCAACAUCAUACUGUUCCUCUUGAACUCUACUACGUUGUUGUUGCAAGCCAUUCUCUAUCCAAGACAGGCAUUACGACUGAUCAAGGACCCAGUGAAAGGAAUCUUUGUACCCCUCAUUGUCCUAUCAUUUGCGACUAUUCUCAUUGGAACUAUAAAUUACGCGGUCCCGACAGGACAUGUACACCCGAACUUUAUAUAUGCUCUAUUUUGGGUAUAUGUUAGUUUUUCCAUCAUCGUGUGCUUCCCGAUGCUCAUGAUAUGGUUCAACAACCCGCACGAUCUGACCACCUUUACACCGGCAUGGGCAUUCUUGGUGUUCCCGAUGAUGCUUGUUGGAGUUGUCGCGUUCAAUGUCUUGAAGGUCAUUCCCUCUGAAGAGCCAAGGGCGAUAGGUAUUCUUCUGACAGCCUAUGCCUUCCAAGGUCUCGGUUUCUUCAUGACUUUCUUCUACAUCUGCAUCUACAUCAUUCGUAUCAUGAUGACUGGUUUCCUCGAUGGUCAUCAAGCUAAUGGCGCGUUCGUUGCAUGCGGACCUCCCGGUUUCACCGCACUCGCACUGAUCAACCUGGGUAAGAAGGCACAAGAAAUUUUGCCCUUGCAUGGCCUGGUCUCUCCCGAAGCAGGUCAGAUUUGGUAUGCAUCAAGUGUCAUGGGGGCCUUGCUGCUCUUCGGUCUGGCCGUAUUCUUCUUCCUCUUUGGUGCAUUACCCUAUUGGUUCAAGGUCCACAAGCACUUGCAUGAGAUUCUGGGCUGCUGGGCCUUGACUUUCCCCAAUGUUGGGUGGAUCGCAACUAUCCGUGCUCUUGGUGACAUCUUUGAACUACAAGGCUUCUUCGUUUGGCACCUUAUCAUGACGAUCAUUAUGUGCACGCUUUGGCUCGUCCUCUUCGCUCUUACCAUGCUCGCGUUCUGGAAGGGCAAAAUCUUUAUGGCGAAGGACGAAGACGUCAUCAAGGAUACAUUGGUGGAGGCGGAUGUGCCGAAGCUGACCAAGUACAGCGAAUCGUCAAGCUACGUUUGAAUUUCCAUGACUUGAUAUUCCUUGAACUUUUCGACGCAUUUGCUUUACUGGAUUCAACCGGACAAUUCUGAUGGACAUUGCACAGUAUAUACAACCUAGACUUCCUCCAACCCGCAUUCUUAGAUAUCUGGAUCAUCAUUCAUCUUGCUAGUUGCGUCCUAGACAUUCCUGUUCGUAGUAGACUAUCACUUGUCGAGGUUAUAUAAUAAUUACCUUCUAUUCGGACAGUACGUGUAUAGAAAGUACGCCAUAACAAGGCGAACAGUUCGCCGGGGAGUUACGAGGACUGGGACUAAGCCUUGCAGGUCUGAGCCUUGGGUUACUGAGUCAUUGGAGUCUCUACCUUUAAUUCUGCGGGCAGAGGGUAUUGACGUCAGCCCAAAUUCUGGCGGUCUGGUAAUGUCGAUGAUCAUUAGUAGUCCAGCCUAAUUCACUGUCAUACGCAAACCUGCAUGCUAUGACACCAAUGACAUGCCGCAAUUCAUUCACGCC